AGGGUUUGGGGCUGUUAUAAGAGAUUUCCACCUUAGAGCUACGGCGUAAUUAACUUGUUAACCCUCGAUUAACUACAAGUACAGAGAACUAGAGAGAGAAAAAUCCAUGGUUAAUCUGUUAAAAAAUUGGUUUUACUCGUUCAAUUUCCAUCCAUUUUUUGUUGAUAUCGCUAAUGUUCUUCAAUUAUAAACGCAAGUUGGGAGAUUUUUUCAUGCCGAAAUCGGAGAUCUUUGGUAAUUUUCGAUCCAUCAAAGCAUAGAUGAAAAAUCGGUUAAGAAGGAGAAUUUGGUACCGAAUAUAUGUUAAUGGAGGAUUUAACGGUAAUCAGGGAUGACCAUAACAUAAAAACAAAAGCCGAUGCCAACUUAAAAAGCCCGAAACUUUGUGUGCAAAUCAAAGCAUCAAAUUCUUUUUCUGUUGGUUAUAUUUAAUUUAAAUAAUUGGACCAACCCUAUCCGCUUGACGCAUUCAAAGGAGCCAAAGCCCGCCUGGUGGUGGUCCAUUUUCUUACAGCCUCCGUCCACGUUCCUCCUAUCACAUUAACUUAUAUUAUAUAUUAUUUCAUUUGGACUCAUGAUGAUAAAUAGCCCAAACAUGUAUGGGCGAGUUCGUGAGCCACCAUAACGGGUACAUUUCUCGGGUUCUUCACCGCAUGAAAUGUUUAUUAAUUAGCAUUUAUUUUAAUUCUUGGUCGUUAUUAUUAUAUGCGUUAUUAUUAUUUAGUAAGUUCUGGGUUUGAUCAAAUGAUAGAGAUAGUUGGCCACACGAAAAAUAAACGAGUCAACUCAGGACUCGGUCAAUUCGAGCACAAAGUUCAGACCUUAAAACUCGCCAUUGUCACCCCACCAGGUUUCCGAUUCUUCUGCUGCUUCUCUUCCCCACAAAAAUUCCCAAACAAAAAAACAUAACAUUUCAGCAAACAAGAAAAAAAAGAGAAAAAAAGGGAUCAAUCAAUCAACUAUUGACGUUUCUCUGAAACAGCCAUUGAAGCUGGAAGGAGGAGGAGAAGGAUUGUGAUCUAAGGGAUCUGGAAAGGGCUGAAAAUGGAGAGUUAUCUGAACGAGAAUUUCGACGUGAAGGCGAAGCAUUCGUCGGAGGAAGUGCUAGAGAAAUGGCGGAAGCUCUGCGGCGUCGUGAAGAACCCUAAACGGCGUUUUCGCUUCACUGCCAAUCUCUCCAAACGCUACGAGGCCGCCGCCAUGCGUCGAACCAAUCAGGAGAAGUUAAGGGUCGCAGUCCUCGUUUCAAAGGCGGCUUUCCAAUUUAUCUCAGGUGUCACUCCAAGUGACUACACGGUGCCUGAAGAGGUCAAAGCUGCUGGCUUUGACAUUUGUGCUGACGAGUUAGGAUCCAUAGUUGAAGGCCAUGACGUGAAGAAACUCAAGUUCCAUGGCGGAGUGGAUGGCCUUGCAGGCAAGCUUAAGGCUUGUACCACAAAUGGUCUCUCGACAGAGACUGACCAGCUGAACAGAAGGCAAGAGAUUUUCGGAAUCAACAAGUUUGCAGAGACUGAAGCUCGUAGUUUCUGGCUAUUCGUUUAUGAAGCUCUUCAGGACAUGACACUCAUGAUCCUAGGUGUGUGUGCUUUUGUCUCGUUGAUAGUGGGAAUAGCAACGGAAGGAUGGCCACAAGGUGCUCAUGACGGUCUCGGGAUCGUGGCCAGUAUCCUGCUUGUCGUGUUUGUCACAGCAACGAGUGAUUACCGACAGUCUUUGCAGUUUCGGGACUUGGAUAAGGAGAAAAAGAAGAUCACGGUUCAGGUGACGAGAAACGGGUUUAGGCAGAAAAUGUCCAUUUAUGAAUUGCUCCCUGGUGAUAUCGUUCAUCUGGCUAUCGGAGAUCAAGUCCCUGCUGAUGGCCUCUUUCUCUCGGGGUUCUCUGUGGUGAUAGAUGAAUCGAGUUUGACGGGAGAAAGUGAGCCUGUGAUGGUGAAUUCACAAAACCCUUACCUACUUUCUGGAACCAAAGUUCAGGAUGGAUCUUGCAAGAUGAUGGUUACCACGGUCGGGAUGAGAACCCAAUGGGGAAAGCUGAUGGCAACUCUGAGUGAAGGUGGUGACGACGAAACUCCGUUGCAGGUGAAACUGAAUGGAGUUGCUACCAUAAUCGGGAAAAUCGGUCUUUUCUUUGCCUUGAUCACCUUUGCUGUUCUGGUGCAAGGAAUGUUCAUGAGGAAGCUUCAAUUGGGCACUCACUGGAUCUGGUCAGGGGAUGAAGCCCUCGAACUGUUGGAAUACUUUGCCAUUGCCGUGACAAUUGUCGUCGUGGCAGUUCCAGAGGGUUUGCCUUUGGCCGUGACUCUCAGCCUUGCGUUUGCCAUGAAGAAGAUGAUGAAUGAUAAAGCCCUUGUCCGACACUUGGCAGCUUGUGAGACCAUGGGAUCGGCUACGACUAUUUGCAGUGACAAGACCGGUACACUUACCACCAACCACAUGACCGUCGUCAGAUCUUGCAUUUGUCUGAAUAUCCAUGACGUUGAACAGAAAGGUUCUAGCUUGCGGUCUGAAAUACCGGAAUCUGCCCUGAAACUGUUGCUUCAGUCAAUCUUCAAUAACACCGGGGGAGAAAUUGUUGUGAACAAAAAGGGAAAGACUGAGAUAUUAGGAACACCGACAGAGACUGCUAUAUUGGAGUUUGGAUUAUUGCUCGGUGGCAGUUUCCAGGACGAGAGAAAAGCCUACAAAGUCGUCAAAGUUGAGCCUUUCAACUCCACAAAGAAACGGAUGGGAGUCGUAAUCGAGCUACCCGAAGGAAAACUUACCCGUGCUCACACGAAAGGAGCUUCUGAAAUAGUUUUGGCUGCUUGUGAUAAAGUUCUCAACUCAAAUGGCGAGGUUGUUCCACUCGAUGAAGAAUCCAUCAAGUAUCUUAACGUUACAAUCAAUGAGUUUGCCAGUGAAGCUCUUCGUACUCUUUGCCUCGCCUAUAUCGAUAUCGAAAAUGGGUUUUCUCCAGAUGAAUCUAUUCCACUUUCGGGUUUCACUUGCAUCGGGAUUGUGGGAAUUAAGGAUCCUGUUCGUCCGGGUGUAAAGGAAUCUGUUGAAGUUUGUCGCCGAGCUGGUAUUACCGUCAGAAUGGUUACAGGAGACAAUAUUAACACUGCAAAGGCUAUUGCCAGAGAAUGUGGAAUUCUUACUGAUGAUGGUAUAGCCAUUGAAGGUCCUGAAUUCAGAGAGAAGAAGCAGGAUGAGUUACUUGAACUGAUCCCUAAGAUUCAGGUGAUGGCUCGUUCUUCGCCAAUGGACAAGCAUACACUUGUAAAACAUUUGAGGACCACUUUUGAUGAAGUUGUUGCCGUGACCGGAGACGGGACAAAUGACGCACCUGCCCUCCAUGAAGCUGACAUCGGAUUAGCAAUGGGCAUUGCCGGAACUGAAGUGGCGAAAGAGAGUGCAGAUGUUAUUAUCUUGGAUGAUAAUUUCACAACGAUCGUUACUGUGGCUAAAUGGGGACGUUCGGUUUACAUAAACAUCCAGAAAUUCGUUCAGUUCCAGCUCACUGUCAAUGUUGUCGCUCUGAUUGUUAACUUCUCUUCAGCUUGCUUGACCGGGACUGCUCCUCUAACCGCUGUUCAGCUGCUGUGGGUGAACAUGAUAAUGGACACACUCGGAGCUCUUGCUCUGGCAACUGAGCCACCGAAUGACGAGCUGAUGAAACGCUCCCCCGUCGGAAGGAGAGGCAAUUUCAUCACCAACUCGAUGUGGAGGAACAUAUUAGGACAGGCUCUGUAUCAGUUCAUUGUCAUCUGGAUUCUCCAGGCCAAAGGAAAGUCCAUGUUUGGUCUGAACGGUGAAGAUUCCACGCUGAUACUGAACACCCUUAUCUUCAACUGUUUCGUCUUCUGUCAGGUUUUCAACGAGAUAAGCUCACGGGAGAUGGAAGAGAUUGACGUUUUCAAGGGCAUAUUGGACAAUUACGUGUUUGUGGCCGUUCUCGGCUGCACCGUCUUCUUCCAGAUCAUAAUCAUCGAGUUCUUGGGAACAUUUGCCAGUACCUCUCCCCUCACAAUUUGCCAGUGGCUCUUCAGUAUAUUCGUCGGCUUCUUGGGCAUGCCUAUCGCCGCCGGUCUCAAAAGGAUACCCGUUUGAUUCGUUCGGUUAAUAUACCGGUUUUUCUACGCGCAUAGUUCGUUAUAUAAUCUGUGUAAGGAAACAGGAAGGUGACAGAGGGGCAGAUCUUUAACAAGUACUAUGUUUUUCACUUUCAGUUGAGAUAGGCUAAGGACAACCAUUGCUCUUCCCCUUUUUUUUUGUGUAACCCUUUGUUAUUUUUGUUCUUGAAACGAGUUUUCUUUUAUCUUUUUCUGUUU